UUGAGGACUUCUUUUACGUGUAAAAUAACGGAUUUUGGAUUUUUCCACGUCUUUGAGUUACCAAUUUUUUCAAUUUUAGUUUGCGCAGCCGCGGCGGGAGCUUCUCUGGGGGUUGGCAUUCGUUCUGCUCGAAAAUAUACGAAGGAGUCAAAAGUUGCUGGAUACAGUCAAGCUAGAUUAAACAGUGGUGUUAAUUUCGCUUCUCGCGCGUUAGCAUUAUCCACAGUAAUUACCGUGUCUGGAUACACGUUACUCGUUAUUGGUAUUUCAUCGCUGUUAAAUGUCAAUACUCCUCGCCAGUUUGGCGAUAAAAUGAAAGAACUUUUUGGUGACAAGUUUCGUUUACAGAAGAAAGAGUCUGUUUCAUCUUUCAGAGAAGUUUUACGGUAA